UGUCGAUGCGUUGCGGAUGUUAAAAGCGGUAGUUGUGCAUGCGAAUAUUCAAAGCAGAUGUGCUUUUUUCAUAUAUUAGUAUGCAUUCAUGCAUUGGUGCGUGUUAAUGUAGUUGUUGUUAAGCCGGCGUAUGGGCAACGGUUAUUGUGCUAAAUUUGCAUAACUCGGUGUAUUUGAAUCUCGAAAAAGUUAACCAAACGAAAAUGAAAACUGGCAAAUUUUUAAUAUUUUGUUUACGACACCAAAAAUUAUGAAUUUUAAAUUUUGCCAAGCCUCAGAAGCCGAAAAUUGGCCGUGCACAUUGGUUAUUGCUUCAGUGUGCUGUUGUUCCGGUCAGUGAUUUGCAUCGGUGUCGCCAAUUCAUUUAAGAGAUUUGCGAGUAUAUAUGCGUGUUGUUGCGAAUAACCCAAAAUAAUGAAAAAAAAACUAAUUUUCAUAGGUUUUGAAACAAGAAAAUUAUUUAUUUGUAAUUUUGCAUUAGACACGUCGAUUAACACUGGUAUUUGGCUAAAAAAAAACGCCGCCUUGAGACUUAAUCAAUGUCAAUAUACGUAUUGUUUUAAGGAUUAAAAUGGAAAAUAUGGGAAAUUUUCCAAAAUAUAAUUGAGGCAUAUUUUCUAUUUAUUUAUGUGUUGCUGAAAUGUAAUAUGGCCGAUGCGUUUUAUUUCCGUCUAUUUACCUGUUAAAAAAUUUCGAGGAAAUAGUGUGAAAAGAACGUUCAACAAUUUUCACAAAACAAUAAUAGGUCCACUCACACACGCACAUUUUAAUCCAUUAAAUGCUUGGAAUCAUGAUCAAAGCGUGUGAGCAAAACCUACCUCAAGCCGAAGUUGAAAAGAAAAGCGCUCGGUACGGCUCUGAAAAGCAGAAUGCCCAAUACAUGAAAUCGCAACAACUGCCAAAAUAAAGAACAAAAACACAAAACCAAAUGAAAGAUCAACACUAAGCGGCUUACAACACUACGGAAAUAGUACGAUUAUAGUCAACAGCUUGAGAUCACGUCUACAAGACUUUCGCUUGACAUAAAAAAAUCAAGGCGAAAAAUAUUUUGGGACAUAAAAAUAUCCAGCAGCUGAUCACCCGACCUGAAAAGAAACGAACAAGCACACCUCCAUCCACCUCCAACUGAAAGUGUCAGAGCUAACGUCGCAUCAUGGACUAUACUUAGCAUCCACUGCGAGCCACAGAAAUACUCGCACCACGAUUGCGAAGUGCUCGUAGUUUAGAUCGUUCAAACAUCGGCGGUGUCUUCAAUGAGCUGCGCAGCGUCGUCGUUGUCGCCGUCGUUGUAGCUGUCGUGAUCAUCAACUUUGCUCAAGUUUUUAGCUCUUCAUCGCUGCUGGUGCUUGUGCCGUGUACUGAAAUUCUACUGCUACAGCAGUCGGCACGGCAAUCGCUACUUUUUGUUGUUGAUUUUCAACUUUUGGCAUAUUGCGACUUUAUAACUCUUGCUGACUUCACUGAGGCUGCUGCUGCUUGCCCCAACAUUGGUGGAGCACACGGCACGAGACUUGGCGAGCGAGCUGUUCGGCGCUAGUGACUUCGUCAACAGCCGCAACGCGCCGACGACGACAGUACGAAUUCAACUACCGACGAGUGUAGUACGAUGAAGUUGAGGCUUACGGUGUUUCAUGAGAUGAGUGAGUGAUGUGGGUGAGUGGUGUGUUGUGCGACAAGAACGUGACUGCUAAACGUGUAUUUUUGAACUGCGCCUCGACGAAGGAAAGAAAAGGAUACUAAAUAAAGUGCGUCGCGCAGGCGUUUAACGAAGCAAAAGGGGAAAUCGAGGAAAAAGUGCAAAUUCGCAACCGAAAAGAUGCUGAUUACAUCCAGUGGUGGUAUUUAAGUGAAAAAUUAAAUUUGCAAAAUCGAAGAGUUAUAAUAGUAACGUUGGUGAACUAAGAGUAAAUUUUGAUUUAACGGAUGUAUGUAUAAUAAAAUAAGUGAUUUUUAUGGGAAUGAGUUCACAAAUUCGAAGAAAAGUUAAAUCAAUUAAAAAAAUUAGCGAAAUUCCUGGGAAGAAACGGCGAUUCAUACGAAAAAGAAACGCAUAAAUGGAAUUUUAAUUCUCAAAAGUGUGUGAAAUUACAAAAUCUGUAGAUAAUUCUACAAUACAUGUAUACAUAUAACAAAAUUUUGAAGAUGUAAUGUAAUGAGGAAAAUCAAAAAUAAAAUAUAAAAUAGUUUUUUCAAUCAGAAAUAAGUUUUGAAAAAUUCAAUAAAUCCAUUUAUCACAAGCAAGUGCUAUUUCUCUUGGUAAUAUAAUAUAUCGAGAGAAGAAAAAAUAUUUCAAGUGUUCCAAAUAAAAAAUCACACCAAGAUUUUUCAACUCAAAAACAACAACAACACAAGCAACAUCAUCAACAGCACAAUGGGCACGAAAUCGCCUGGCGGACCGCAACGCUGCCGUCUGAUAUUGCAACGCUGUUUGGCCAUACAACUGAGUAAGCCCGGUCAUACGCCGGAGGAUUUUUGGAUGUACGAUUCGGGAUAUAUGAUUUUUCAGAACUUCCUCGCCGCUAAUGCGCAAUGUUGGUGGAAUGCGCCACUCACCGCCGCCACGCGUGCACUCAAAUAUGCCGGUCAUGUGGCGCCCGGUAUGCUUUUGGUGACAGCCGAGCCGUGUGCACUGGAAGUACUGCGCGGGGCGUAUGCGCGAAGCGUUUUAAAGCCACCGGCGACUUAUGUCAUCAGUUCGGUCGGUGACAUCGAUGACUGCAUCGUAACACCGACCGUGCAAGGACAAUUUACGCCAUUACCUGAGGCGCUCUGUGAUGUCAUUAUGGACCUCACUUCAGAGGGCCAUUCGGCUACCAUAGAAAAUGUGCGCAUCAAGCUGAGCAUACGAUUUCCGCAUAUGACACCACCAGCCACCGAAGUGAUCUAUGAUACGUUGGCGCAGCUGAUGCAGGAACAGAAAAUCUAUCAAACCUCAAAGGGUUACUUCAUCUUUACGCCGGAACGCCGACGCAGCCGUUCACGACCGCGUCCCAUGCGCAACGGUUAUCAGGAUUUUGAAGAAACCGACGAAAUACCUCAAGAAGCGCGCACAAUGCUCAUGACCAAUGCGGAAGCGGUUCAUUCAUUGUAUGGUGAAAUCUCCACAGAACGGGAUGGUGAUCUAACACAUCAAUGUAUACAAACCAACUUGGCCGAUGUUAUAUGCGGUGGUAAUCCAAAUGAUAAAAUACUUUAUCCACGCGCCGCGAAACGACGUAGCGCCUCGUUCCCAACGCCUCGCAGCCUUGAGAGGAGGCAUAGUUUGCGUCUGUUUGGCUCCUCGAAGCGGCUGCAGCGCUGCGCGUCGACGCGAAGUCUCUCCAAGACAUAUGCACAAACUUUAGCCACAGAUAGCAGUAGCUCGGAGUACCAAAGCACAGAUUCUUCGUCACCAAAAAAAGGAUCUUUGCUGUCUCGUCUCUUUCGCCGUAGUGGACGCUCCAAGCAACGUCAAAUUGAGACAUACUCAGCUCAGUUCCCGCCGGCAGAGUGGUUCAAUUCUCGGGCGGUGCAUUUACACAGUGUUGGCACACAAACAGCCGAUCAUGACAUGCCGGUGGUACAUACGCUUUCCAAUUCCACGUUCUACGAUGGCUCAGAAUUAAGCCAACGUUCACUUACACUGCCACGCCGACAUCGACGAAACAUGUCCAGCGACUCUACCUUCCUAAUAUCGUCACGGGACUGUUCGCCCAUACGCCGCCGCUCACCGGUCUACUGCAGCAGCUCGCUGCCCCGGUCAACGCAAUCCAUUCCCGCGACAGCAAAUGGUACAACUAGUAUCACCACUGCACCUACGCCAGCGAAUAACAGUAAUCGCUCUUCCACAACACUCUCUCGUCUUUCAGCACCAAAUCAUACAACGACGGCAUCCGCUAUGGCCGCCAUAGCGACAGGGAACGCGCAGAAAUCUUCCUCAAAGAGUGUUAUUGGCAAACACAUUUUCGAGCAGUCGCCUUCACGUACCGCAGGCACACUAAAGACGUCCACGACAAAACGACAAGCGGAUAAUAUUAUUUUAAACGGUUAUACCAACAACUUGGAUGCCGGUAAAGUUAGUUAUCGCAGCGUGCAAAGCGGUCCGUCGAGCUUGGAGUCGGGCAAAGCUUCUUCCAUGCUUACCUCGGGACCGUCGAGUAUCGACAGCGGCAAGGUGUCAUUCAGCAAAACCAGUGGUCAUUCUAGUCUUGACUCGCAAUGUUCGACCAAUACGGCAGUGGUUCAGCAGAGUCCCGCUCGGUCUAUACUUGUUUUAAAUGGUUCGCCGCGUAGUACACCACGUCAUCAAGCCAUGCGCGCACGGGCUGCUGAGCAAUCGCAGCGGCAGCGCUCCUCCACACCUUCGCGCAUCCUCGAGGAGAUCACCAAUCAGCAAACGACGAAUGGGGGCAAAUUGUCAAGCAAUACCGGCGGACAAACCUACUUCAAUGGCAUACCCAACUCCAAUUCAAACAACUCGAUCACUCUGCAAGUGACCACCUCGAAUGGUAGUCAGAGCAGUAUACCGAGUACUAAGAUAUUUGUGCAGAACUCUCCAGCGCGUAGCGUCAUAACGCUGGAGAACGGAAAGCUUACGGAUAACUCGAACGUGUACAUUAUCAACAAUGAGACCACAACAAAUGAGAAAGGUGAGGUCAUUAAGAAAACAUUAUCCAAACAAGAAACGACGCCAUUAAGGAGUCAACAACAACAGCAACAUGGUGAGCAACAAAAACGUUAUUAUGCACCAACGCAUACGCCAACGCGCCACAAAUCAAUAGAUCCACAACAGCAACAACAUCAGCAGCAGCCAAUAAAUAUACAACACAUUUACAAAGACAAAGACAACUCGAUCAGUGAGAACGAAGCGAACUCGGAAACAUGCGAUUCAAUCUCCUUUAUUAGCGAGACAUCGCCCGACAACCAAGACACGCUCAGCUCGACGGAGGUGAUAGACAACUCCAAAUUCACCAAAAAUAUCAACAACGAUGCUACCAUGAACAACAGCCGUAAGUUGUGCCUCCAACUACCACAGCACGGCUCCAGCAAUAUUGUCUACAAAAACAAUGUGCUCAAAAACGAGUCCAACCCGAACUCACCUAGCGGCGAAAAGACACUUGCAAUGGCGGCUUUGGCGGCUAAACAAGAUUUCGAGAUCGCCGGCUCUAUAGGUAACCUGCGAUUCUAUGAGAAGAACACGAAAGAUGCAACACAAGCGAAACUGAUGAACUCCACUUGCGAUUUGAAGAAUCUAAAUCGUUAUGAAUCUUCCGGUAACCUGCAAAAGUCCGGUAACAUUCUCAACUCCAAUCCAGCCAUCAACGGAGACGAUCUGGCGCAUAUAUUGCAGAAAAAUAUCAUCACUGUCGGCAGUGAACCAAAUUUAGCUUUAAAGGAUAAUAACUGCACGAAUUCGAAUGAUAAGUCCGUAGAAAAAGAGGGACUCGACCGUCGCUUUAGCUUAUCGAAAGACCCUCACGGUGAGAGUAGCAGUGGAGGCUCGGUUACGGCUACGACCGCUGCUAAUGACGACCUCUACAAUUUUCCCAGCCUAACGGAUUUAUCAUUUAAUUUUACCUCAUUGGCGGCGCAGAAGAUACUGCAAGGUGUCAGUCUGAAUAGUAUCGACACGCUGGUGGAACUGAAUAUGGCAGCUGCUGCGGCGGCGAAUAAAGAGAAGCAACAGAAUAAUCAGCCAACUCCGGUGCGUACCGAUUAUGGUAUGGUGUAGCAGCGGAUGGACAAAGGAGGCAGUUUAUAUUCGAAGAAAAGAGCUUAGAUCAGUGAAUUCGGCGGCUUCAGUGAAUAAAGGUGUACAAUGAGUGCAUGGUUGAUGGAACGACGCACAAAUACAACUAAUAAAACCAGAAAUCCUCCAGAUAUUAUAAAUGAAAAAUAGAACGAAAUGUUUGUUGCUAUUGUCUUUUAGAAAUCCCUCCCAAAUCCAAUAUUUAUAGUUCUAUGAUUUUAAUAAGGUAACCUUGGUUGAGGCAUUCCGAAGAUUUUUCGAAACUCUGACUAAACUAGAGACGAUAAGCUAACUCACAUGUUGAGAGGAUUCUCAUAAAAAAGAACCGUAAUUAUGUCAAGCAGCAUGCACCUAUUGAUAGCUCCGGAUAAAUAUCUCAGAGUCUUGUUCUUACGGUGGCAUCAAAGUUAUUUCCUAUAGAACAUAGAACAUGAAACGGAGCACGAGAAUUUCGAAAUAAAUUCAAAAUUUAAGUUACAAUUUUCAAGCCAGCAAACUGCCCCAAAGUACAGAGAUGGUCUCAACUGGGAUUGCUUUACCAAAAAAUCGUUAGAAAAUAUUAAUUAAAUAUCCCUCACAAAUAUAACUUUAGCGCAACAACAUGGUGUUAUGAACCGUCUGUUUGGAUACUGCUACAGCAACAACAUACAAUUGUUUUGGAGAAUUGUCAGAAAAAAUAAAGGGUAAAUUGUGGUACAAUUUACUUAUUUAUAUACAAUAAAAUAUGGAUAUCUUAUUAACUAGUACUGAAAAUUGUAAUGGCGGGCUUUAGGCUUUUUGAAAAUAAUGACUUCUCCUUCUGCUUUCUUGCUUUGAUUAUUUAAGUUUUUUUUUUUUUUGUUUUUGCUGAAGCAAUUAUUAGGCGAUUGUGCGGAACUGUUAUGAAAAAAUUUCAGUUUAUUUCUUACCAAGUAUUCUUACUUACACAUGCCGAUCGUUCACCUUUCGUUGUUGCACCACCACUGUUUCAAAGCAAUCUCGUGCCAGUAUUCUGAGGAUAUCAACCAAUGCAAACACCGCUCGAAUGAUGACGUGCAAAAUUUUAAUAAACAUAGUUUCAAUAUAGUUUACUUAACUAUUUUCUUUACAGUGCCAAAAUGUUUUAGUUUAAAACAAAACAAUAAAAAAAUAUUAAUGUUUAAUAAUUUCCCUUCGAUAUAGCUUAAGUUUUGAGUUUGUGUAAAUCAAAGAGAGGGAGAAAAGUUAAAACACAGUUGUAUAGUAUAAUACACUAAAACAAUAGUUUUAUUUAUUUAAUUUUGAAAACUUUACAAAGCCACCCAUAAAUAACAGCAAAAAAAAAUACAAAAAUAAACGUAAACACGAAAGUCGUAAGCUAUUCAAAAAUUCACUAACAAAGAAGAUUACAUUCGCUGAAGCUUACACAAUCGUACAUAUAUUACCGACAAAUUUUUUACAAAUGCUUACAUAUGUAUAAUAAAAUUUGUUUUAUUUUAAUUUGUUAAAUAGUUGUUAAAGGAUAACUCACGCUUUUGUUUUAAAAAUACAAUAAAUGAAACAAUGUGCAGCGGGCAAUAACUGGAAAAGAAAACGGAACUUAAAAAUGCAAUUAAAUUUAGAUAAAUAAAACACAUUACUUUCACUAAUUAUAAAAUAGUUUAGCAUUUUUUAUGGUUUGCCUUUUCUCAAAUAAAGUUGAUUGGUUAAAAGAGAACUUCGGUUCCAAUUUUAUUUUUUCCGAGUACGGUUUGCAUUUAAAUACAUACAUGAAUUGAAAUAAUGAGCAAAAUUUCGAGUACGAACAUACC